AUGGGUAUCUUGGAGUACAGACAACACAAGCAAGACUGCCAGCGUAAGCAGUCGGAGCGAGCUUCAAAGAUCGCGUCCCUCCCCCCAACCUACCAAUACCCGCUUUCACCACAAGAACGCACCAUACUUGGCAAGCCCAUUCAAGAGCUCGUCCAAGAUGUGCAGAAGCAGGUCACGAGACCUGUCGAUAUCCUGCGUGCAUAUGGGAAGGUCGCAAUAAAGGCGCAGGAGAAGACGAAUUGCGUCACAGAGAUUCUCUUCCCCGAAGCUGAAGAAUGGGCUGACAAGGAGGUCAACCUGAAAGGCCCGCUGGCCGGCAUACCAGUCUCUCUGAAGGACUCGAUACAGGUCAAGGGCUUUGACAUUUCCGUUGGAUAUUCAAGAAAUGUGGGCAAGCCAUAUGCUGAAGACGGAUCUAUGGUGAAGCUGUUGAAGGACGCCGGUGCCGUGCCCUUCGUGAAGACCAACUUGCCUACUACCCUCCUCUCCUUCGAAUCCACCAACGACGUCUGGGGCCAAUGCAAAAACCCACACAACGACAAAUACUCGCCCGGCGGCUCGACGGGUGGAGAGUCAGCACUGCUAGCUUUCGGAGGCAGUCGUAUAGGCAUAGGUUCUGACGUCGCAGGUUCGGUACGCGCACCAGCACACUUCUCCGGCUGCUAUUCUAUACGUUGCUCCACAGGGCGAUGGCCGAAGAUGGGCAUGAACACGAGCAUGUCGGGCCAGGAAGCCAUCCCAAGUGUCUUCAGCCCCAUGGCGCGGACACUCAACGACUUGACAUACUUCACGCGAAGCUUCAUCCAGAUGAAACCCUGGAAGUACGACUACACAUGCCACCCACUUGAAUGGCGCGAGGAAAUAGAGGAAGAGUACAAGGAGAAGAAGAAGCUCCGUUUCGGUGUCAUGCGUACCGAUCAUGUCGUCGAUCCGUCACCAGCAUGUGCCCGUGCCCUAGAUGAAGUCGUGAAAGCGCUUAUAGCAGAAGGCCACGAAGUUUUUGAUGUUGAGCCUCCCUCCCCCUACGAAGCACUUCAGCUAGCAUCCCACCUCCUCCUCAGUGACGGUGGCAGCACAUUCAUGUCGCAUUUCCGCACGGGCGAAUGGAAUGACAAAGGCGCUGCACAAAUGAUGCGCUACAUGCGCCUUCCACGGUUCAUCAAGUACGUCCACUACUUGUACGUGCGCUACGUCAAGGGCGACAGUAUCUGGGCCGGCUUGAUUCGCAACUGGCACCCCAAGAGUGCUUACGAGUACUGGCAACUUGCUGGCAAGCGCGAGGCAUACAAAGACAACUUCUUCAAGUGGUGGUCUGAGGAGGCGAAGAUGGAUGUGAUGCUUACGCCGCCCAAUGCGACACCAGCAGUGCCGCAUGGAGGGAUGCACGAUGCAGUCAGCAGUUGCGGAUAUACCUUUUUGUUCAAUUUACUCGAUUACUCCGCCGGUAUCAUUCCCGUAACGCAUGUUGACCCCACCAAAGAUGCAUUGCCAUCGUCGUUCAACUUCAAGAAGCUCAACGGCGUAGCGCAGGGAGCCUACAAACACUACGAUGCCGUGAAGAUGGCUGGUUUACCGGUAGCUGUACAGAUCGUGGGGCGCAGACUAGAAGAAGAAAAAGUGCUCGCAGUCAUGGAGCGUGUCGAAGAUGCUCUGGACAAGCAUGGUGGAAAAUACCAGCUGUUGGAGGUGGACUAG